AUAGUAGCUCCACACGCGCGGAGGUAGUAUAGCCGGGAGGGGCACAGAGAGAGGAGCGAACGAGAGGAAGGAGCAGCGGCAACUACACGCCAGAGAGAGGGAAGGGGAGGUUGGCCAGAGAGCCGAGAGCAGCCCUGCAGUCGAGAGCAUCCGACUGCUAGCUACUAGCAAUAGCAUAGGCAGAUAAGCUCGGGCCGGGCCGGGGCACGCGCACAAUGAGGUCGCGGCGGUGGCACAGCGUGGUCGCCGUAGCGCUGGCAGCGGCGGCGUGGUGGUGGUGCGCGGCGGCGCAGGCGCAGGCGCAGGCGCAGCUGAGCCAGAGCUACUACGCGUCGACGUGCCCCGACGUGGAGACGCUGGUCCGCGGCGCCGUCACCCAGAAGCUGCAGGAGACCUUCAACGCGGCGCCGGGCACGCUCCGCCUCUUCUUCCAUGACUGCUUCGUCAGGGGCUGCGACGCGUCCGUGCUGCUGUCGGGCCCCGACGACGAGCACAGCGCGGGCGCCGACACCACGCUGUCCCCGGACGCGCUCGACCUGGUCACCCGCGCCAAGGCCGCCGUGGACGCCGACCCGCGCUGCGCCAACAGGGUGUCCUGCGCCGACAUCCUCGCCCUCGCCGCCCGCGACGUCGUCUCCCAGACGGGCGGGCCGUACUACCAGGUGGAGCUGGGGCGGCUGGACGGCAAGGUAGGCACGCGUGCCGCGGUGAAGCACAGCCUCCCGGGCGCCGGCUUCGACCUGGACCAGCUCAACAAGCUCUUCGCCGCCAACGGGCUCACGCAGACCGACAUGAUCGCGCUCUCAGGUGGGCACACGAUCGGGGUGACGCACUGCGACAAGUUCGUGCGGCGGCUGUACCCGUUCAAGGGCGCCGCCGCCGGCCCGCCGAUGAACCUCUACUUCCUGCGGCAGAUGCGGCGGACGUGCCCGCUGAACUACGGCCCGUCGGCGUUCGCGAUGCUGGACGCCGUGACGCCCCGCGCGUUCGACAACGGCUACUACCGGACGCUGCAGCAGAUGAAGGGCCUGCUGGCCUCCGACCAGGUGCUCUUCGCUGACCGCCGCUCCCGCGCCACCGUCAACCGCUUCGCCGCCAACCAGACCGCCUUCUUCGACGCCUUCGCCAACGCCAUGGCCAAGCUCGGCCGCGUGGGCGUCAAGACCGCCGCCGACGGCGAGGUCCGCCGGGUAUGCACCAGGGUCAACUAGCCCUGCCCAGCUCCAGAUGCAAUGCAUGCGAGCCACGUCCACGUGCACAUGAAAUGAAGCUAGCUAGCUGCUAGCCUAGCUUUAGCUAGCUCGUUAUUACUAGGGGCGCCGGGGGUUGGGAAAGAAUGCUUCAUGAGUCAUGUCCGUCCAUUCAUCCAUCCAUCCAUCCAUCACACGGUUCACAGUCAGUCACAGUGUACUAUUGAUUCGUUGGUCCGCCGAUUCUUUUCUUUCCUUGGUGAUUGUUGUGUAUGUAGCAGAAGUAAUAAUUAAAAAAACCAUGUAACAAGAAGAGGGAUGAGCUUUGAGCUCCACACUUGUACUGCAUCCAAUCCAAUGUAAAUGAAUGCCACGGUUCGUCGU